AGUCUCGCUCACAUCAUGGCUGAGAAUAAACGCGUGCUGGAGCGGGACGAUGAUCUGCCGGUGUAUCUGGCUCGCCCGGGAACAGCAGACCCGGUACCACGACAGAUAUACGGAGGUUUAUUUUGCAAUGUAGAAGGAGCGUAUGAGAGUAAAACCAUCGAUUUUGACGCUCUUAGUGUCGGUCAGCGAAGGAGCCCGAGAAACACAAAUAGAGAAGAGACGAAACAUCCAAACCAUGACAGAAACUUUCCAUCUCCAGACAGUGGAUGUGAGCCUAAAGACGCUAUACAAAUAAAGCAUGUGUUUGGGAAGGAAGUUCUACAAAACGUCGAUGAUGUAAAGAGUGAGAGGCUUUUGAUUAAAGGUGGUCGGAUUGUGAAUGAUGAUCAGUCUUUCUAUGCAGACAUCUAUAUGGAGGAUGGGGUCAUCAAGCAAAUUGGAGACAACUUGAUAGUACCAGGAGGGGUGAAGACCAUUGAAGCCAACGGGAAAAUGGUGAUUCCUGGAGGAAUUGACAUUCACACCCACUUCCAGAUGCCCUACAGAGGCAUGACCACUGUGGAUGAUUUCAGCCAGGGCACCAAAGCUGCUCUCGCCGGAGGAACUACUAUGAUUGUGGAUCAUGUGAUCCCGGAGCCUGGCAGUAGUGUGAUGGAAGCAUUUGAGCGCUGGCGUGAAUGGGCAGAUGAGAAGGCGUGCUGUGAUUACUCGCUGCAUGUGGACAUCACCCACUGGAACGACAGUGUCAAACAAGAGGUCGAGAGUCUAAUUAAAGAGAAAGGAGUGAACUCUUUCCAGGUCUACAUGGCUUAUAAAGACCUCUAUCAGAUGAGCAACAGUGAGCUGUAUGAGAUUUUCACGUUCCUGGGAGAGCAUGGAGGAAUCGCACAGGUCCAUGCAGAAAAUGGAGAAAUAAUUGCUGAGGAGCAAGCCCGUAUGUUGGAGAUGGGCAUCACAGGACCUGAGGGACAUGUUCUCAGUCGCCCAGAGGAGCUGGAGGCGGAGGCAGUAUUUCGAGCCGUCACUGUUGCCAGUCAGACAAACUGUCCGCUCUAUGUGACCCGUGUGAUGAGCAAGAGUGCUGCUGACAUCAUCUCACAGGCCAGGAAAAAAGGUAACGUGGUGUUUGGGGAGCCAAUCACGGCCAGUUUGGGAACGGAUGGGACUCAUUAUUGGAGCAAGAACUGGGCGAAGGCGGCCUCUUUUGUGACAUCACCACCCCUCAGUCCAGACCCAACCACUCCGGACUACCUGAGCACCCUGUUGGCCAGUGGCGAUCUUUCAGUGACAGGCAGUGCUCACUGCACAUUUAGUGUGGCUCAGAAAGCCAUUGGGAAAGACGACUUCACUCAGAUUCCUGAAGGAGUGAACGGAGUGGAGGAGAGGAUGUCCGUCAUCUGGGACAAGGCUGUGGCCACUGGUAAAAUGGAUGAGAACAUGUUUGUAGCCGUGACGAGCACCAACGCUGCAAAGAUCCUGAACCUGUACCCUCGCAAGGGCCGGAUAGCGGUGGGAUCAGACAGUGACCUGGUCAUCUGGGACACAGACGCCAUUCGGACCGUUACUGCAAAAACACAUCACUCUGUGGCGGAGUAUAACGUGUUUGAGGGCAUGGAGCUGAGAGGAGCGCCCCUGCUUGUCAUCUGUCAGGGGAAGGUCGUUCUGGAAGAUGGAAACCUGCACGUUACCUCCGGCACUGGACACUUCAUUCCCUGCUCUCCAUUCCCUGACUACGCUUACAAACGCAUCAAAGCCAGGAAACAGCUGGCUACACUGAAGGCUGUCCCCAGGGGCAUGUACGAUGGCCCUGUAUCUGAAUUUUCACCCAUGCCGAGGGGAGGCACUCCCUCUGCCUCCACCCGAAACUCACCCACCAAAGUCCCUGUAAGGAACCUCCAUCAGUCUGGGUUCACACUAGCAGGUCCUGAGGAAGCCCCCAUCAGACCAGCUGGAAGACGCAGCGUUGUGCCUCCUGGCGGCCAUUCCAACAUCACAUCCCUCAGUUAAAUAUAAAGAGCACGUUAGAGAGACUACCAGGAUAAAAGCAAGGAAGGUUAUUAGUUUGGAAAAGAAACAAAAGAUAAGUAAAACACUGAACUCAUGCCUUACCUUUCAUGAAUUAUUCCUAAUGAAUGAUUAAGACCAGUAGUCCACCUCUGAUUAAAGCAAAGGACUGAUAAAAAGUUAAUGCAUUUAGUGUAGCUGUACAUUAGUUUAUGUGUUUAGACAAAAUAAAAUGAAAGGGAUAGUUCACCCAAACAUAAACUUUUUUUUGGAUUAACUAUUCCUGUAAGGUUAAAAUGCUGUUUGGUACAUUGGCUUAGAAUGGAUGGUCUGCGAUAUUUAAAAAUGGACGUGGUUCUCUCUCUGUAAUUUCCACCAAUGAACAGGCGUUUUGCGGUCAGUAGAGGAAAGACUACUGCCGUGCAUAUCAUUGGGCUUUAUCUGUUCUCUGUCAUAAGCUUUAUUUGUGUCCAUCAGCUGUGGAUGUGAUAAUAUUAGUUAACUUUGUCAAAUGAAGUUGUUGACGUUUUGGGUUGGUAUCGGAAGUAAUGAGUUUUCUGAACCUUAAUAAAGUCAAAUGAAUGUUCAGAUAAAUCAUGCAAUUGUAUACUUUUCAUUGGUGUAGAACAUUGCAGGACAUGACUUUGAAGGUAGAGUUAAACUUGGACAUAUUAGAAUCUGAUCCCAAUAAAUGAAAAAGAAAGAACAUUUCAUUUGAAAACGAGUGAUGACAACAAAUAUUUGUGCUUUAGAGCUUGCAGUGGGAAAAUGUUGAGAUUGCUUUUCAGUUUUGCUGUUUGUCAUAGUUGAUUCGACUGUCUGUUAAUAAAGGAUGAUAAGAAACA